AUGUCAGUUGUGGCAGUCUCCUCCUACUUUCUUUGGACGCAAAAGGGGAAUACAAUUUUGCCACUAGUUCGCGGCAGUGGUUUUCUCGUGUCAUUUAAACAACUGAGCGGUUUCUAUAGCUAUCACGUCUUGAGCGCGGCUCAUGUAGCAUGUCCGGUAAGGUACCGACAAAUCUAUGGCGAUACGGUUGGGCUGCGGGCGAUUGGUGAGCGCCACAUUAGCACAAGACUGCUGAAGCCACAUAGCAACGGCCUGGUGGAGGCCUCGCUCGAGAUGGAGUUCAAGCAGAACUUUUUUCCUAACGUUGAUGUUGUGUCUCUUAGGUGCAGAGAUGAAAGAAGGUUAAAAGAUUUACAGUUGAUCUCGGUAGAUCUGGACCUCAAUCCCAUCGAGAAUGACACGGAACUGUUGUUUCAUGGAAUAGAUGUUUCAGAGGAAAAGACCAAUCCCAAUGAUGACGGUCUGCGAGUGACACCAGUUUGUAUUGAGGGAAAUUGCAAAGCGGCACUUGUUUCUCUUGACUAUGGCACCGUGGUUUUGGCGUCGCUGAAGUCACCUCUCAUUCUAAGUAUGUGUGGUGGACCUGUUGUGCGGAAGGACAAUGGACGGUGUGUUGGCAUUGUUGUUGCUCGAGUUUUGAAAGGUGCGCCUCCUCGUGAUCCUCAGGUUGGUACCUUGUACCAGGAUCCGUAUCUGGACAUUUCGCAGAAUGAGGACAUUCAUGCCAACGGGAGAAUGGACGUUGCAUUUGUGCCGAUUCGUGAGUUUUACGACUCUCUUAGGCGUUGUGAAAUAUAA